AAAAAAUUGCAAACAAAAAUAUUUCAGUCAUUAAUUUCAAAAUUUCAAUUUAAUUUUAUUAUUUAGUUAUUUCUUUUAAUAUUACCUCAUGAUACUGUCGGGUUACAUUAACUUGUUACUUUAGCGGAUAAAUAAUCAUACUAAAACAAAUAAACAUUAUGUUUUUAAAAUAAGGAUUAAAAUCAGGGACUCCAAAUAUUGGAGUAUUAAGAGUAUUAAGUGUAUACUGCGUUAAAAAAUCGGUCUUAUGUUUGAUAAAGUAAAGACAAUUUUUCAUCGGCAAUGGGACGUCACUCACACAUUCUUAAACGAACGCGUCCGGGAACGCGUCUCGCGAUGUUUUGUCUGUUGGAGUAUGAAGUGUUUAUUGCGUUGAAAAACCGGUCUUAUGUCUAGACAACAAAGUCUAUUUUCUUUCGGCAUUGAUAGAAGUCUCUCACUCACACAUUACUAAUCGAACGCGUCUCUGAACACGUCCCGCAUUGGUUGGACCGUUAGAGUAUUUGCGAGUAUUGGACUCGCACUCUGUUGACGUCUUGCGCUCCUCGGUACUCGGUACUUCUAAAUACGCUUAAUACGUGUAUAAGUCCCUGCUCCGUACUCGUACGCCAUACGUCUUCCAACAAACCUAGUGUUAAGACCUGCUCCAGUAUAUACGCCUCACCUCUAGUCUGUGGUUUUUCAGCUUACGCUCGAGCCGUUUACUUUUAAAAAUUGACUUUUAAAUUUCUUGAAUCAUGAUUGUUUUUUCGUUAUAAACAGGCAAAAAGAGUGAUAAGUAAAAUUAAAAUAUAAUGAAUUAGCGCUAAUUAGCUUGUACUUUGUGCUUACUUUACUGUGUUACCACUUUAAAGUAUACGGAAUUACAGGGUUCGUUACAACGUGCAAUCAGAAUCACACUUUAUUUUAGAAAGCUGUCGGCACUGGCUAGAUGCAAAGAUAUUAAAAAUUAAAAAAUUGAAAUAAGUCUGACGUUGUCUGACUAUCGGCCAUCAAUGGAACAUGUAAAAUAGUUUAGCUGGUGUGGACUGAGAUUGGAUUAGUUUAGCCAAGGACUAUAUUUUACACAAUGUCAGACUCUGAUUCGAAGUGCAUAGACACAGUGCAGGUGGCUCUGAGGAUCAGGCCACUGAUGCGGAAUGAGACUGACAGAGGUUGUGACGAGUGUAUAGAAGUGGUGCCCGGGGAGCCUCAAGUGCAAAUAAAGGAUCUCUGCUUCACAUUCAACUAUGUGUUCGCACAACACAUCACUCAACAGGAGUUCUAUGAUACAGCAGUUAAAGGACUUAUUGGCAAACUAUUUCAAGGAUACAAUGUAACUAUACUUGCCUAUGGGCAGACUGGAUCAGGGAAAACUUAUACAAUGGGCACAAAUUACUCAGGAUCAGAUGGAGAUUCCACAAAACUAGGUGUAAUCCCACAAGCAGUAGCAGACAUAUUUGACUACAUAGACACACACAAUGAUAAGUUUAUAUUUAAAGUGAGCGUUUCAUUCAUGGAGCUGUAUCAGGAGCAAUGCUACGACUUACUCUCUGGCAAGGAAAGGGGACACAGUAUUAUAGAAAUAAGGGAGGACAUCAACAAAGGUGUAGUUCUUCCAGGUAUAACCGAGCUACCUGUCACAUCCACCAUGGAAACCAUGAUGGCAUUGGAGAGGGGGUCUAUCGGUCGAGUGACUGGCUCAACUGCCAUGAACCAAGCGUCAAGUAGAAGUCACGCCGUAUUCACAAUUAUCAUAGCUAAGGAGAGUCGAACUGAUAAAAAUCUAGCAACAACCUCCAAGUUUCACCUUGUCGAUCUGGCUGGUUCAGAACGCAUCAAGAAGACCAAAGCUGUCGGUGAACGUUUGAAGGAAGGGGUUAAGAUCAACCAAGGUCUGUUGGCCCUCGGCAACGUUAUAUCAGCGUUGGGCGAUGGGACCAACAGGAGCUUCAUUAGUUACAGAGACAGCAAACUUACAAGACUGUUGCAAGACAGUCUGGGCGGUAACUCCUUAACGCUUAUGGUGGCUUGCGUGAGUCCGGCAGACUACAACCUGGACGAAACUGUUUCCACGUUACGGUACGCGGAUCGCGCUAGACGCAUCCGUAACAAACCCAUCAUCAACCAGGACGCUAAGGCGGCGGAGAUCCUCAGAUUAAACAAAUUAGUAAACGAUCUCCGGCUACAACUCAUUGGCAAAGUUCCGUCAGUCAGUGAAGACAACAACGAACAGUUGCAAGAACAACUGGACAAAGAAAAAGCCAAGUAUGCCGAACUGCUGAAAAAGCAUAAACAAGUGACAGAACACCUCGGAAACAUGCUCAUUGAAAACACAAACUUGUGCGAAAAGGCACUGUUAGCCGAAAUGGCCAAAGACAAAAUAGAACGUAAACUGAACGAGCUGACGGAACAAUGCAACCAAACCAUAGACAAUUUGAGCACCACAGACUUCGUAAAUGAUGACAACAUCCAAAAGACAAAUGUGAUGGAUUACCUCAAGGAUAUAAAGACUCGUUUGGAAGACUUGCAGUCUGUGAAUAUAAAGACAGAGGAGGAAUUAAUAGACCAUGAGAUUAAAUUGUCAUUCGUUAAAAGUGAAGGAGAGACUGACAAGGGCGAAGACGUUGUGAUGCUGAAUGAGGAUCAGGUAGCUUUGGAAGAAGAGAAGAGAGCUAUGGGACAGGUGGCCCUUAACCAAGAGCUGCAAGAGCUGAACCGCGCCAUAGCUAUCAAGGCGUCGGUAGUGCAAGCCAUGAGAGCCCACAACCAGGAGAUGGUGGAUAGCAACAACAACCUCAGAGAGAACGAGGAGAGGAUCGCACAGCUUGAGAAGGAGAAGGAGAAGCUUACACAGCUAUUAAGGCAAACCAAGACCAAAGACCCUUCCCACGACGAGCGCCGCAACAAAGUAUCGGAACUGGAGCUGCAGAUAUCGGAGCUGAAGAAGAAGUGCCAGCAACAGGCUAACAUCAUCAAGAUGAAGGACAACAAUGAGUCCAAGAUUGUUGCCUUGAAUGCUGAGCUAAAGAAUAUGAAGGCUAUGAAGGUGAAAAUAAUCCGUCAAAUGCGCGAAGAGAGCGAGAAGUUCCGCAAAUGGAAGGCGGACAACGAGCGCGCGAUGGUGCGUUUACGCAACGAGGACCGCAAGCGCGUCACCGCCAUGGCCAAGAUGGAGUCUCUGCACGCCAAGCAGCAGAAUGUGCUCAAACGGAAGAUGGAGGAGGCGGUGGCUGUUAAUAAGCGAUUAAAGGAAGCCCUAGAUAGACAAAAACUGACUGCAAUGAAACGCAACGCGAAGGGCAACGUGAAGACAAGCGCCAUACAACAGUACAUUGAACAAGAACUGGAAGUACACCUCAGCAUCGUUGAAGCGGAGAAGUCCUUGUAUGAGCUCAUGGAGUACAGGGCAUGGCUAACACAGCAGAUUGAGACACUCCACAACAAGCCUGAUGAUGAAGCAAACAGGAAUAAGAUUGCGGAGCUGGAAGUGGAUCUCGCGCUGCGAAAGGCUCAAAUAUCUGAUCUGCAGCAGAAAAUAUUGACAGCUGAUCAAGAGAACAAAUCUCGCACACAAUGGGACAAUAUACAAUCAAUGAUGGAAUCCAAGGUGGCCCUGAAAUGCAUGUUCGACUUACUCGUGGAAGCCAAACGUGAGCUGACCAACCAAAGUGAGAAGGGCUACCAAGCUCGCUACGAAGAGGUUAAGGAAACCUAUGACAGACUGAAUGUGGAAUACGAGAACUGUAAGAGCGAAUACGAGCAGCGUUUGGCUAUGAUGAAGUCAGAGAAUGAACAAAAGAUAAGCGCGCUGGUGGCGCUGCAGCGCGGCAUGGUGGGGCGCGGCGACCGCAGCGAGGCGUGCAAGCAGCUGCAGAACAUGAUCCAGGUGCAGCAGGAGCGCCUUGACCAGGUCGAGCUGGAGAAUAAAAAGUUGGUCGACGAGUUAGAAGAGCUGAGAAACGCAAACAAGACUGCCGCCAAGAAACGUCCCAAGAAAGAGAACGAGAUAACCAGGAAACUUGAUUACAUUCCAACUGACGAGGAGGAAGAAGAAGACGACAGUGAUAAGGACCCAGAUUGGAGGGCCACGCCUCUCUUCAAACGCAUACAUGCCCAUCGUUCCCGCUUGACGAUGAACUUUACACAGCACGACACGACCGUCGACACGACCGCAACACGGCCCGUCAAGCGAGGCAGCGACGGCUCGCCGCACUGCACGUGCCGCGGCCAGUGCACGACCAAGAUGUGCGGCUGCGUGAAGUCGGACAAGGGCUGCGAUGCGAGUUGCCGCUGUCAGCCGCAGCUGUGCAAGAACCGCAAGAGCUUGUCCGACACUGACGAUAAGGAGAACAAUCCGUCCAGUGCUGAGUAUUCGACAGAGAAGUCGCCACUUUCCUUCUUUGAUAAACGAGAUGAUUUUAACAGCACAUACGUAAAAAAGAAGAAAACUUUUUUUUUUCCCGACGAUGAAGUCGAAACUGCUGUGAAAUAAACUUCUAAAGACUGAAUAUUUAUAGCAUGUGGAUAUCAAGAUAUUUAUGUCAAAAAGCGAGAUCUUGCGAAGAUUUUGAAAAUGUGCCUUUGCUUCUAAUAUUUGUGUGUCCCGAUGAUUAAAAUUGCAUGAAAUUAUGAUAUGUGUAUUUACAGUAAUAUAGUAACAAAUUCUUCAAAUACAAUUAUAUUAAUAAAUAUUUAUACUAAA